AUGGACAAGAAGGAUGCGUCGGGAGAGAGCCCGAGCUGGCGCUGGGAACCAUGGGUGCGACGAGACACUCGCAACGCAAAAGUCAUCGAGAAGACCAUCUCCAAAGGCUACUUCAUUGAGGAUCUUGAGAACUUUGACGCAUCCUUCUUUGGUAUUUCACCCAAGGAGGCCGAGCAGAUGGAUCCUCACCAAAGACUUGGCCUGGAAGUUACGUGGGAAGCUCUCGAAGACGCUGGAAUUAACCCACAGUCACUCUCAGGGUCUGACACUGCUGUCUACGUUGGUGUUGACUCGGAUGAUUACUCCAGACUUCUACUCGAAGACAUACCCAACAUCGAGGCGUGGAUGGGGAUCGGAACCACAGCGCAUGGCAUUCCUAACAGAAUCUCAUACCAUCUUGACCUAAUGGGCCCCAGUGCUGCGGUAGAUGCGGCGUGUGCUUCAUCCAUGGUCGCCGUCCAUACAGGGAGACAAGCCAUUCUCGCAGGAGAAUCGCGGAUUGCAAUUGUGGGUGGAGUGAAUGUUUGCUUGUCCCCGGCAUUAUUCCACAUGCUAGGAGCAGCUGGUGCACUCUCUCCGGAUGGUGUCUGCCUUUCCUUUGAUGAGGAAGCCCGCGGUUACGCUAGAGGAGAAGGUGCUGCAAUCCUCAUCCUCAAGAAAAUGUCGCAUGCGAUCAUGGACGGAGAUCACAUUCUUGCCACCAUAAAAGGAAGCGCCAUCGCUCAGGACGGAAAGACAAAUGGCAUCAUGGCUCCAAAUGCCAAAGCGCAGGAGCUGGUGGCCAGGAAGGCCCUCAAACAAGCGGGUAUUAAUGCUUUGACAGUAGGCUACAUCGAAGCUCAUGCCACAUCGACCCCUUUGGGUGAUCCCACGGAAGUAUCUGCUAUCUCUGCAGUAUAUGGAGUGGGCCGCCCCACAGAUACCCCAGCCCUCAUCGGAUCUAUCAAGCCAAACGUUGGCCAUCUCGAGGCUGCCGCUGGUGCCAUCAGUCUCGUGAAGGCAGUGAUGGCGGUCCAGAAAGGGAUCGUUCCCCCACAGACAAGACUUAACAAACUCAACACCAGGGUGGAUUGGGCGAAGUCCGGUCUGCAUGUGGUUCGAGAGAGCACGCAGUGGGGCACAGAAGAUAGUCCUCGUCGUGCUGCCAUCUGUUCUUACGGAUACGGCGGAACGGUGAGUCAUGCCAUCAUCGAGCAGUUUGCACAUGCCGCAGACCCAUUUACAGCCUCAACGAGUGACGAUAACCACCCCACUCUCCUGUUACUCUCCGCACCGCAGGGAAAACAAAGACUGCCAGCGCAGAGUGCAGCUUUGGCUGAGUGGAUCUCACCAGCCGGCGCACACGAAAGCCUUAGAUCUAUCGCAGCAACCUUGGCAACACGCAGAGCUCAUCACGAAAACCGUGCCGCUUUUAUCGUCUCUAGUCACACAGAGGCUGCCGAGACGCUCAAUCUCUUCUCCAAAGGAGCAGAACAUGAUUCAAUUGUACAAAGCCGCACCCUGGACAAUAACAUCAACAAGCAAAUUGUCUGGGUUUUCUCGGGGCAUGGAAGUCAUUGGUCAGGCAUGGGCAAGCAACUUCUUCAAAAUGCGGUUUUCUACCGUACUGUGGCGCCACUGGACAUUGUUGUGGUACAGGAACUAGGCUAUUCUGCAAUUGAGGCCCUCAAGACGGGCAGAUUUGAAAGUUCGGGCCAAGUCCAGGUCUUAACAUAUAUGACGCAAAUUGGUUUGAUUCAACUCCUCAAGGCCAAGGGCGUCCAUCCCCAUGCGGUAAUCGGACAUUCCGUUGGCGAGAUCGCUGCGUCAGUAGCCGCCGGCUGCCUUACUCCGGAGGAGGGAAUGAUCAUAGUCACAAGGCGUGCACGCCUCUUCGCCAAAGUUAUCGGUUGCGGAGGCAUGUUCCUCGUGAGUCUGCCGUUUGCUGAGGUCCUCGCAGAGCUAGGUGGCAGGACUGAUAUAGUGGCCGCUAUUGACUCAUCACCUUCAUCCUGUGUCAUCAGUGGCCUCAAUGCGCCCCUGGAAGAAUACGUCGAGAAGUUAAAAAAUCGAGGUAUCAGGGUGUUCCAGGUCAAAACAGACAUAGCCUUUCACAGUCCCAUGCUUGAGGUUCUAUCAAAGCCUUUGAAAGAAAGCUUAGAAGGUUCACUAAACCCACAGCCGCCAAAUAUCAAGCUGUAUUCGACAUCCCAGGCGGACACUCGACACCCAGCUCGCAGAGAUGCAGAAUAUUGGGUUGACAACAUGGUCAAGCCAGUAUGGCUUCGACCUGCCGUGACCGCAGCUAUCGAAGACCAUUACAGGAUCUUCAUGGAAGUCUCAACCCAUCCAAUCGUGUCACAUUCUCUUGAUGAGACCUUGGCUGAGAAUGGGGCGAGCGACUUCACUACAAUCCAUACGAUGAAGAAAGAGCAAUCUGCCGAAAAAUGCAUUCUUCAUGCUGUCGCACAACUCUGGACUAAGGGCGUCAAGAUCGACUUCAAGUUCCUUGGUCGGCAGUGGAGUAGAGAGGUUCCCAAGAUUCGAUGGAGCCACAAGCGAUUCUGGAAAGAGGUGUCGACAGGCUCUGCUAGUGCUCAAACUGUACACGAUCCUGACAAGAACAACAUGCUUGGCCAGCGGAUGGUUGUCGCCGGAACUAAUAUGACAAUCUUCACCACCGCUCUUGACGAAAGCAGCAAGCCAUUCCCGAUGCCACACCAGCUUCACGGAACGGAUAUCAUCCCGGUCUCAGUCUACGUCAACACUUUUAUCAAAGCGACUGGUGGCAAAGUACUCUCUAAGAUGGAGCUUCGCGUACCUCUCGCGGUCACGAACGAUGUCCGCAAUGUUCAGGUCAUUGUCGAUGGACAGAGUGUCAAGGUUGCUUCACGUCUUAGCUCUUCAGACGAUAUGUCAUGGGUGACGCACAGUACUGCAUCUUGGGAGAAUGAACCAAGUGCAAACGUACUACCAUCUCUGGACGUAUCAUCCGUUAUCAAACGAAUUGGUACCCGCGUCUCGGAAACAUUCUCGGUAGACUACCUCAAGAAGACUGGCGUGUCAGGGAUGGCAUUUCCAUGGGCCGUCAACGACCAUUAUAACAACACUAAAGAGAUGCUUGUAACGCUCGACAACGACCCUGAACAUGAGACAAUGUCAUGGGAUCCUUGUUCAUGGGGUGCUACACUUGACGCUGCGACUUCAGUCGGUGCUACUUUGUUCUCACGCGAAGUCAAACUACGCAUUGUCUCGCACAUCGAUAGGUUGACCAUCUAUUCGUCCGAUCCACCGCCGAAAAGAUAUCACCUUUACGUAACCGAAGCAAGCAGCAGCCAAGUCCAUGCUUGUUCCGCGGAUAUCUCUGUACUUGACCUGAGUGGUACACUCCUGGCCAGAAUCGAGUCAAUCAGGUUCACGGAGGUUGAAGCCACACCAACGAAGAGCACAAGCAUUGAGAGUGGGGUACAUCAGAUUGCAUGGGUUCCAGCCCGUCUGUCCGAGAAGCCUCUGUCACUGGAACAAAUCGUACUUGUGUCUGAAGACGAUGCAAAACUUGAGCAAUAUGCGAAUGAGUUGCAGCGACAGGCUCCAAAAAUCGUGAAGUUGACCUCGGCCGCCAAACUUCGUGAUAAUGGGGCGCUGUUCAUGCGUGAGAAGAACGCGACCGUAAUCUAUUGUCCAGGUACAGUUACAUCGCUCGAGGAUGUUGCAAGCGCAUCUCAUCGAUUUAUCUGGGAGGUUGCAACUGCGAUCAAAUUCCUUGUCGAGAACAGCAUUUCUGCAAAAUUCUUUGUAAUUCUUGAUCGCACCUUCUUGGCUGGAUCACCUACCGCGCUGGCCCAAGGUGCUUUGUAUGGUCUUGCUCGCGUCGUCGCCUCGGAGCAUUCUGACAUUUGGGGUGGACUCAUCGACAACGAAGGCCCGCUUUUCCCGGUGAUGCCACUCAAGUAUGUGCAAGACCAGGAUAUCACACGUUACAUCGACGGAGUCCCAAGAGUUGCACGAAUGAGGCCAUUCACAAAGCAACAACGCUAUGCGCCUUCGACCGCUCGAACUCUUCUGCCCAAGCCCGAAGGUACAUAUGUCCUCACCGGUGGACUAGGUGCUCUUGGUCUUGAGACUUGCGACUUCCUUAUUGAGAAGGGUGCACGUCGUAUCGUCGUAAUCUCGCGGCGUGAUAUACCCGCUCGUAGCCAGUGGUCAAAAGCUUCUGAAAAUUUAGCGCCAAUUUUGGAAAGAGUGAAGGCCAUGGAGAAGACGGGUGCUAGCAUUUACUUUGUUUCCCUUGACAUUGGCGCUGCAGAUGCGCAUCAACAACUCCUUUUUGCACUCGAGCGACUUUCACUACCACCCGUCCUCGGUGUCAUUCACGCAAGUGGUGUGCUCGAAGACAGCUUGCUAGUGGAUACCACCUCAGACUCUUUCGCACGAGUACUCUCGCCCAAGAUCUCCGGCGCCCUCGCACUGCACAAAGCUUUCCCUCCUGGCACUCUCGACUUUUUCGUGCUCUACUCUUCAAUAGGACAGCUCGUCGGAACAUCUGGACAGAGUUCAUAUGCUGCCGGCAACUCUUUCCUCGACGUCCUGGCAGCACAUCGUCGGAGUCAGGGCGACAAUGCAAUUGCUUUCCAAUGGACAGCUUGGCGCGGCCUAGGUAUGGCCACGUCUACCGACUUCCUGACCUUGGAGCUGCAGAGCAAAGGAAUAACUGAUGUCGGUCGCGAUGAGGCUUUCCAAGCGUGGGAGCACAUGUCCAAGUACGACGUCGAUCAAGCUGUCGUUACGCGUACCUUGGCGCUUGAAGCAGAUGACAUUCUCCCAUGUGCGCUUCUCGAAGAAGUUGUUGUUCGAAAAGCACGCGCGCAAGAUCAGAGUGCACCUGCAUCUGGCAAUGCGAGCGACAGCAGUGGUCGCCCAACAGCGAGCGCAGAUCUCAAGCCUUGGCUUGAUGUCAAAAUUCGAGAGUGCGUCGCCUUGGUCAUGGGCGUUGAAGACAUCGAGGAGAUCGAUACCCGUGUGCCCUUAUCGGAUUACGGUGUUGACAGCAUCAUGACUAUCGCUCUUAGACAAAAGUUGCAGAGCAAACUCAAGAUCAAGGUACCCCAAACAUUAAUGUGGAAUUAUCCAACUGUUAGUGCUAUGGUGGGAUGGUUUCAGAAGCAGUUUGAGGAAGGCCAGUAA